GCCCCACUCCUCGCUCGCGCCAGCCCUUCCCGCUCUUCUGCUCUCGCUCUAUUUGCCCCGCUGACUGCUGGCCUCGCCAGCUUUGCCAGUCUUACGUCUCUGCCGCCCCCACUCCCGCCCGCGCCCCAUCUUCUUAAGCGGCUCGCGCCCGCUGGUCCCCCCCUCCUCCUCCCGCGUCCUGCCUGCGCCCUCCUCCUCCUGCUCUCGCAGGCUCCUUGGCACCCAGGCCGGGAGGCGACGCGCCCAGCCGUCUAAGCGGGAACAGCCCUAGCUGAGGGAGCUGCAGCGCAGCAGAGUAUCUGACGGCCCCAGUUUGCGUAGGUGCGGCACGAGGAGUUUUCCCCGCAGCGAGGAGGUCCUGAGCAGCAUGGCCCAGAGGAGCGCCUUCCCUGCCGCCGUGCUCUGGCUCUGGAGCAUCCUCCUGUGCCUGCUGGCACUGCGAGCGGAGGCCGGGCAGCCGCAGGAGGAGAGCCUGUACCUAUGGAUCGAUGCUCACCAGGCAAGAGUACUCAUAGGAUUUGAAGAAGAUAUCCUGAUUGUUUCAGAGGGGAAAAUGGCACCUUUUACACAUGAUUUCAGAAAAGCACAACAGAGAAUGCCAGCUAUUCCUGUCAAUAUCCAUUCCAUGAAUUUUACCUGGCAAGCUGCAGGGCAGGCAGAAUACUUCUAUGAAUUCUUGUCCUUGCGCUCCCUGGAUAAAGGCAUCAUGGCAGAUCCAACCGUCAAUGUCCCUCUGCUGGGAACAGUGCCUCACAAGGCAUCAGUUGUUCAAGUUGGUUUCCCAUGUCUUGGAAAACAGGAUGGGGUGGCAGCAUUUGAAGUGAAUGUGAUUGUUAUGAAUUCUGAAGGCAACACCAUUCUCCAGACACCUCAAAAUGCUAUCUUCUUUAAAACAUGUCAACAAGCUGAGUGCCCAGGCGGAUGCCGAAAUGGAGGCUUUUGUAAUGAAAGACGCAUCUGCGAGUGUCCUGAUGGGUUCCACGGACCUCACUGUGAGAAAGCCCUUUGCACCCCACGAUGUAUGAAUGGUGGACUUUGUGUGACUCCUGGUUUCUGCAUCUGCCCACCUGGAUUCUAUGGAGUGAACUGUGACAAAGCAAACUGCUCAACCACCUGCUUUAACGGAGGGACCUGUUUCUACCCUGGAAAAUGUAUUUGCCCUCCAGGACUAGAGGGAGAGCAGUGUGAAAUAAGCAAAUGCCCACAACCCUGUCGAAACGGAGGUAAAUGCAUUGGUAAAAGCAAAUGUAAGUGUUCCAAAGGUUACCAGGGAGACCUCUGUUCAAAGCCUGUCUGCGAGCCUGGCUGUGGUGCACAUGGAACCUGCCAUGAACCCAACAAAUGCCAGUGUCAAGAAGGUUGGCAUGGAAGAUACUGCAAUAAAAGGUACGGAGCCAGCGUCAUACAUGCCCUGAGGCCAGCAGGCGCCCAGCUCAGGCAGCACACGCCUUCACUUAAAAAGGCCGAGGAGCGGCGGGAUCCACCUGAAUCCAAUUACAUCUGGUGAACUCCGACAUCUGAAACGUUUUAAGUUACACCGAGUUCAUAGCCUUUGUUAACCUUUCAUGUGUUGAAUGUUCAAAUAAUGUUCAUUACACUUAAGAAUACUGGCCUGAAUUUUAUUAGCUUCAUUAUAAAUCACUGAGCUGAUAUUUACUCUUCCUUUUAAGUUUUCUAAGUACGUCUGUAGCAUGAUGGUAUAGAUUUUCUUGUUUCAGUGCUUUGGGACAGAUUUUAUAUUAUGUCAAUUGAUCAGGUUAAAAUUUUCAGCGUGUAGUUGGCAGAUAUUUUCAAAAUUACAAUGCAUUUAUGGUGUCUGGGGGCAGGGAAACAUUAGAAAGGUUAAAUUGGGCAAAAAUGCGUAAGUCACAAGAAUUUGGAUGGAGCAGUUAAUAAUGUUGAAGUUACAGCAUUUCAGAUUUUAUUGUCAGAUAUUUAGAUAUUUGUCACAUUUUUAAAAAUUGCUGUUAAUUUUUAAACCCUCAAUACAAUAUAUUUUGACCUUACCAUUAUUCCAGAGAUGCAGUAUUAAAAAAAAUUACACUGUGGUAGUGGCAUUUAAACAAUAUAAUAUAUUCUAAACACAAUGAAAUAGGGAAUAUAAUGUAUGAACUUUUUGCAUUGGCUUGAAGCAAUAUAAUAUAUUGUAAACAAAACACAGCUCUUACCUAAUAAACAUUUUAUACUGUUUGUAUGUAUAAAAUAAAGGUGCUGCUUUAGUUUUCUGA